AGAAUUUACCCCCUCAUCUCCUACGGACUGGGGUCUCAGUGCAGAAGUAGCCGGGCAGGUGAGCUGAGACCAAGAUGAAGAAGUUUGUGGCAUUUUCCCUCUGUCUGGUCCUCCUGACCAUCUACACAGCAGAUGCAAACCCAAUCAUCAAGGAGAGCUAUGCUAAGCAACUUCUGCGGACCAAGAGGCAGAAGCCUGGCCACCCCGAUGAGCCAAUGAGGGAGCACUUGCUCCACAUGCAGGUUCUGGAUCAGAGGGCCCAGGAGAUCAACCUGGAACACUGGCUGAACCCCCACUGCUACCCCCGCUGUGACAGGAACUACGGACACCCUGUCUAACCCCCAGUGACCUCGCCUUGACUCCUCACAGCCCAGGAGAACAACUUUUUUUCUGUGUGGCGGAGGGCGCUGACGGCAAGAAUGAUGUCGACAACUGUGAUGACGACAUGAUGAUGAUGACUAUGAUAAUGAUAUGAGGGUGAAGCUCGGAGUGUAACUCUACCACAUGCAUUUCAUGAUGAAGCCUCAGCAGGGAACAUUAGUGGCCAUCAAUAGAGAUGUCCACAGCCUAUUCCAGCAGCAUUAGCGUAUAGGAAACGUGUUAAAUGAUGUUAACAUCAUAGAGGAUACAUAAUCAGUUUAUAUGUUGAUACAGUUAUGAGAAAUUAUACAUUGUAUUAUGUAAAACAAUGUUUAAAAAACAAUCAUUGAAUAAAUAAUCUAAUCAAAUUUUAAAAAAUG